AUGAUGGACUUGGUCGAGCCAGAAAAUACGGCAUUCUUCCGGAAUCUUGGAACCCACUCGACAUUCUUUUCGCGCAUGCUAGAACACGACUGGAAGGAAACUCUAGAGGGCGUUGUUGAGCUCAAAGACGACGACCCCCAAGCAAUCAAAGCAAUGCUCAGCUUCAUGUACAAAUUCGAUUACACCAAUCCAGCCGCCAGCGCUGCUUCCUUCAUUUUUGAUGCCCAAGUUUUCGCGGUUGCUGAGAAAUAUGACGUAGAAGGGCUUAAAUUCUGCGUGAAAGAUAAAUUUCACGCAAGCAUUCUUUCUGACUGGAAAGACGACGACUACCCUGAUGUCAUUAGGGGUGUUUAUGACAUCCCAACUACUGAUCCGGCUCUUCGGGAUACACUGGUGCAAGUGACUUGUGCCAAUAUCAAUAAUCUUAUUCAAAAGGACGAGUUCAAGUCGGCGCUAAAUGACGUUCCUGGAUUCGCAGUCCAGCUUAUUACACGGCUCGUAGAUAAUAAUUCUACUGUUGCAAGGAACCUGAUGGGACUAUGA